AUGGUCAACGUCUUCGCCGUACCGGUGUUUUUCAUCGUCUUCAGAGAAACAUUGGAGACAAGUAUUAUCGUCUCGGUGUUGCUUUCGUUCCUGAAGCAGCAGCUAGGCCCGGAUCGAGACAAAACAGUCUAUAAGAAACUGCGCAAUCAAGUUUGGUGGGGAACAAUUGUCGGUUUCAUUAUUUGUCUUAUCGUGGGCUGUGGCCUGAUUGGUGCUUUCUAUGGCAUUGGAAAGGAUGAAUGGGGAAAAGCCGAAUACAUUUGGGAAGGUGUGUUUGGAAUACUUGCAUCACUCAUUAUCGCCUUGAUGGGAGCCGCCUUGCUGCGUAUCUCCAAGAUGCAGGCGAAAUGGCGCGUCAAGUUGGCCAAAGCACUCGAAGCCAAGGACAAUCGCAAUGGCAAAUUGGGCAGUCGUUUCAAGGCUUGGGCCGAGAAGUAUGCCAUGUUUCUGCUCCCCUUCAUCACCAUUCUCCGUGAAGGCCUUGAGGCAAUCGUCUUUGUUGGUGGCGUCAGCCUGGGAGCUCCGGCCUCUUCAAUCCCCUUGCCCACCAUCUGUGGGCUAUUAGCUGGAAGCGCCGUUGGUUUGAUCAUUUACAAAGGUGGCAAUAUGGCUCCGCUGCAGAUCUUCCUCAUUAUCAGCACUUGUUUCCUCUACCUCGUCGCAGCAGGCCUGUUCUCAAGGGGCAUCUGGUAUUUUGAGGCCAAUGACUGGAACAAACUGACGGGAGGUGACGCUGCCGAAACUGGAUCUGGUGCAGGUUCUUACGACAUCCGACGGAGCGUCUGGCACGUUAACUGCUGCAACCCUGAGUUGAACGGAGGCGGCGGUUGGGGUAUCUUCAAUGCCCUUUUCGGUUGGCAGAACAGUGCCACAUAUGGCAGCGUGAUCGGUUACAAUGUUUUCUGGAUCUGUGCCAUCAUUGGUUUCCUCCUCUUAAGAUUCAAGGAGACCAAGGGUCGCUACCCAUGGAGCAAGGCUAAGCCUGCUACUGCGCCAGCUGGAGAGAGAAAACAGAGUGAUGACGAAACGAGUGACACGAGCGUUGGCCCUUCUGAGAAACAGGUGCAUGACACCAAAGCGACUGAAUUGACGAGCCGAGUGUAG